CGAAGCGUGAUUGUUGUAUUGACUAAUGAAAACAUUGCUGCACAUUCCCAAAAACUGAAACUCCAUUUUCAAUGGUGGUUUUCGACAAAAAAACCGUGUUAAAUUCAUCCUACAUUGUAAUUCAUUCCUUGUCAAUAGGAGAAGAGAGAAUCGCGGCUCGUAAGUACGUCUGAGCAAGUUAAAAUUCCCCAUAUCACGAUCCCAAUGGCCACCGCCACACCCAUGGUGGGUGUCCGAUCCGGCUGGCCUCGAGGUGUGCCUCAGCCUACAGCCAACAACACGCCCUCGUCCUCUUCUUCGAACUACGCCAAGAAUCCCUCACUGACGCUCAACCGUCAAAUCAACCUGUAUCCACUGACCAAUUAUACGUUCGGCACCAAGGAUCCACUUUUCGAAAAGGAUGCCUCGGUUCCGGCGCGAUUCCAGCGGAUGCGCGACGAAUUCGACCAAUUGGGCAUGCGUCGCUCCGUGGAGGGCGUUUUAUUGGUCCAUGAACACGGGUUACCCCACGUUUUGUUACUGCAAUUGGGCACGACCUUCUUUAAGUUGCCUGGAGGCGAGCUCAAUCCCGGGGAGGAUGAGGUCGAGGGCCUCCAACGACUGAUGACCAACACGCUGGGACGAGCCGAGUCGGGUCCGCAGGAAUGGAUCAUUGAGGACACCAUCGGGAAUUGGUGGCGGCCCAAUUUCGAGCCGGCUCAGUACCCGUACAUUCCCCCGCAUAUCACCAAACCCAAGGAGCAUAAGAAGUUGUUCCUGGUUCAAUUGCAGGACAAGGCUUAUUUCGCCGUGCCCCGAAACUAUAAGUUGGUGGCCGCUCCCUUGUUCGAGUUGUAUGACAAUUCUCAGGGCUACGGGCCCAUCAUCUCGUCAUUACCUCAAGCCUUGGGGCGUUUCGGCUUUAUUUACAUGUAGUCAGACAGCCUCAGAAGGCGGUGUUCGUCGCUCAUGCUCUCCUUUGUCCAUUUCAGAAACACUCACUCGAUCCGGAGUCGAGGAUUUUUGAGACAAGAAGCUUGUAAAUUGGUUCAGAAGAUUGUAAUUUUUUUCAUUUUUCAUUCAUGCGCUCUUCGGACUAUAUUUGCCUUCAUUUCCAAAUACACUUAAUAUUGUCGUGAA